AAAAAGCAGAAGCCCAACAAGAAAAAGUUUCCUCUGACGGGAAAGAGGAGUCGCCAUGGGUGAAAAGGAGCAAGUUAGAGCGGAUAAACCGGCGAAAACUUAAAGAAUGAUAACAUAACUCAGGGUUUGUGUAAUUUUUGUAUCUGAAAAAGUCCCCAAAGUGAGGGGAAAGUUUGCAGAUAUGGCGCGGGACAGCGAGGAGGACCCCAAAGCUGCAAAAAGGCAAAGAAAGAGGAAACAAAAGGAGAAUAAAACCCGGACUGUGCACGCUAAUAUACUGUACGACCACGCGAAAGGAGAGGAAAACCCCAACAGACACUAUGCAAACAACAAGAUAAAGACCACCAAGUACACCGUGCUGUCCUUCCUGCCCAAAAACCUCUUCGAGCAGUUCCACAGGUUCGCUAAUGUUUACUUUGUCUUCAUCGCUCUGCUCAACUUCGUCCCGGUGGUCAACGCGUUUCAGCCCGAGCUGGCUCUGGCCCCGGUGGUCUUCAUCCUGUCGGUCACCGCCAUCAAGGACCUGUGGGAGGACUACCGGAGACACCGGUCCGACAACGAGAUCAACCACAUGGACUGCCUGGUGUACUGCAGAGUGGAGAGGCGUUACGUGGAGAAGUUCUGGAAGGAGGUGAGGGUGGGGGACUUCAUCCGGCUGCGCUGUAACGAGAUCCUCCCCGCCGACGUGCUGCUGCUCAGCUCCAGCGACCCGGACCGCCUGUGUCACAUCGAGACCGCCACGCUGGACGGAGAGACCAACCUGAAGCAGAGGCAGGUGGUGCGCAGCUUCCUGGACCUGGAUUGUGAUUUCGACCCCCUGAAGUACAACGGCAUCAUUGAAUGUGAAAAACCAAACAACGACCUGAACCGAUUCAGAGGCUACAUAGUCCAUCGCAGUGGCCGGAGAGAUGCACUUUACAAAGAGAACCUGCUGCUGAGAGGAUGCACCAUCCGCAACACAGAGGACGCCGUGGGGAUCAUCAUUUACGCAGGUCACGAAACCAAAGCCAUGCUGAACAACAACGGGCCGCGAUACAAGCGCAGCAAACUGGAGCGGCAGAUGAACGUGGACGUGUUCUGGUGCGUCAUCAUCCUGCUCGUCAUGUGCCUGUUCACUGCGGUCGGUCACGGGCUCUGGAUGUUUCAGUACGGAGAUAAGAGGCCGGUGUUUGACGUGCUCAGCCCCGAGGGGACGGACUUAUCACCCGUCAUGUCGGCCAUUUAUCUCUUCCUCACCAUGAUCAUCGUCUUCCAGGUGUUGAUCCCCAUCUCCCUGUUCGUGUCGAUCGAGAUCGUGAAGAUCUGCCAGGUGUUCUUCAUCCACCAGGACCUGGACCUGUACGACGAGGAGACCGACUCCAAUCUGCAGUGCCGAGCGCUCAACAUCACCGAGGACCUCGGACAGAUGCAGUACAUCUUCUCCGACAAGACCGGCACGCUGACGGAGAACAAGAUGGUGUUCAGGCGCUGCACUGUCGCCGGGGUGGAGUACUCCCAUGAUGCAAAUGCCAAAAGACUCGCCAUGUACCAGGAGAUGGACUCUGAGGAGGAGGAGUGCCCGUCUCGCGGCGGGACCCUCCCCCGGAGGGACAGUGUGGGCAGCCAUCAGAGUGCCAAGGUGGUCCUGCGCUCACAGAGCACCAAGUCCCACCGCAGGACCGGCAGCCGGGCCGAGGCCAAGAGGGCCAGCAUCCUGUCCAAACACACCGCCUUCAGCAGCCCCAUGGAGAAGGACAUCACCCCGGACCCUCAGCUGCUGGACAAAGUGAACGAGUGCGGCAGUCAGAUGGACUUCAUGCGGUUCCACAGCCAGCCCAUGUCCCAGCUGCCCUCUGACCUCGCAGACGUCCUGGACUUCUUCGUCGCCCUCACCAUCUGCAACACGGUGGUGGUGUCCUCGCCCAACCAGCCCCGGCAGAAGCAGCAGCUCCUCCAGCCUGGUCACCAACCGCUCCUUCACCCGCGGCUGCUCAGCGUUUUGUCCUCGCCGUCCGCCGAGAGCACCCUCACCAAGCUGGACGAGGAGCAGAAUCUGCAGCAGGCCUUCAGCCCUGUCCCGCCUCAGUACGACGGAAGGCCGUUGAGUGCGGCGGAGGGCGAGCUGCGAUACGAGGCGGAGUCUCCGGACGAGGCGGCGCUGGUUUACGCCGCCCGGGCCUACAAGUGCUCCCUGGUCCGUAUGAGGUUUGAGCUGAAGUCUCCGGUCAAGACGAUUGAGGACUUCAUCAAGCGCUUCACCCCGAGCCGCCUGACCUCGGGCUCCAACAGCAGCAGCUCCUCCAGCCUGGUCACCAACCGCUCCUUCACCCGCGGCUGCUCCAGCGUUUUGUCCUCGCCAUCCGCCGAGAGCACCCUCACCAAGCUGGACGAGGAGCAGAAUCUGCAGCAGGCCUUCAGCCCUGUCCCGCCUCAGUACGACGGAAGGCCGUUGAGUGCGGUGGAGGGCGAGCUGCGAUACGAGGCGGAGUCUCCGGACGAGGCGGCGCUGGUUUACGCCGCCCGGGCCUACAAGUGCUCCCUGGUUGGGCGCCUCCCCGACCAGGUGACCGUGGAGCUGCCUCACCUGGGGAAACUGAGCUUCGAGCUGCUGCACACGCUGGGCUUCGACUCCACCAGGAAGCGCAUGUCGGUGGUGGUGCGACACCCACUGACGGAUCAGAUCACCGUCUACACUAAGGGAGCCGACUCCGCCAUCAUGGAACUCAUCAGACCCCCCGACACAGGAAACUCCAAAGGGAAACGGCACAAGAAGAUUCUCAGCCGGACCCAGCACUUCCUGAACCUGUACGCUGCAGACGGCCUGAGGACGCUGUGCAUCGCUAAGAAGGUCCUGAGUAAGGAGCAGUAUGCGUGCUGGCUGCAGCGCCACCUGGAGGCGGAGACGGCGAUCCAGGGCCGAGAGGAGCUGCUGUUUGAGUCGGCGCUGCGUCUGGAGACCAACCUGCAGCUGCUGGGUGCGACGGGCAUCGAGGACCGGCUGCAGGACGGCGUCCCCGAAACCAUCGCGUCCCUGCGGCAGGCCGGGCUGCAGAUCUGGGUUCUGACCGGAGACAAACAGGAAACGGCCGUCAACAUCGCCUACGCCUGCAAACUGCUCGACCCCGAGGAGGAGAUCCUGACGCUCAACGCCGACUCUCAGGAGGCGUGUGCUGUGCUGCUGGAGGAGAGUCUUCACUACAUCCAGGCCAAAUUCCUCUGCAGCUCGUCCGAACACACCACCACCAAAUCCUACCACAGCAACGUCUCGCCCUUUGGGAUCUACACUCCCCCUCCCCCUCCCUCCUCCUGCCCCCCCGCCCCGCCCGCGGUCCACCAGCUGGGCUUGGUGAUCGACGGCCGGACACUGGCGUACGCUCUGGAUCGGAGUCUGGAGGAUAAGUUCCUGGCGGUGGCUCAGAGCUGCCGCUCAGUGCUCUGCUGCCGCUCCACGCCGCUGCAGAAGAGCAUGGUGGUCAAACUGGUGCGCAACAAGCUGAAGGUCAUGACGCUCGCCAUCGGUGACGGGGCGAACGACGUCAGCAUGAUCCAGGUAGCGGAUGUGGGCGUCGGCAUCUCGGGACAGGAGGGCAUGCAGGCCGUGAUGGCGAGUGACUUCGCUCUGCCUCGGUUCCGGUACCUGCAGAAGCUGCUGCUGGUUCACGGACACUGGUGCUACUCCCGCCUCGCCAACAUGAUCCUCUACUUCUUCUACAAGAACGCUAUGUUCGUGGCGCUGAUCUUCUGGUAUCAGUUCUACUGCGGGUUCUCUGGGUCGUCCAUGAUCGAUCAGUGGUACCUGAUCUUCUUCAACCUCAUGUUCUCCGCCUUCCCUCAGCUCAUCACCGGCACGCUGGACAAAGACGUGUCUGCAGAGACUCUGCAACAACUACCUCAGCUCUACACCAACGGGCAGAACUCUGAGGAAUAUAAGCCAUAUAUGUUCUGGAUGAAUAUGAUCGAUGCCUUCUAUCAGAGUCUGGUCUGCUUCUUCAUCCCCUACUUUGCCUACGCUGACUCUGACGUGGAUUUGUUUACGUGGGGAACUCCCAUCACCUCCCUGGCUUUAUUCACCAUACUGGUGCACCUGGGCAUCGAGACCAAAACCUGGACGCGGAUGAACUGGCUGUGCAUCUCCUUCAGCGUCUCGUUGUUCUUCACCGUGGCGCUGUGCUACAACGCCUACUGCCCCACCUGCUUCUCCCCCUCUAACCCUUACUGGAGCAUGCAGCGCCUCCUGCAGGACCCCCUGUUCUACCUGCUGUGUGUGAUCACGCCGGCAGCCGCACUACUGCCCAGAUAUUUCUACAGGGCAUGUCAGGGCACGCUGUUCCCCAGCCCGGUGCAGGUCGGCAGGCAGUUGGAUAAACUCCCCGCUGAAACCCGGAGGAACAUCCUGAGCCUCAGCGGGGUCAAGAUGGGGUUGCCGCUCGGCCCUAAGCCUCACUUCCUGUCCCUCGGAAAGACUUCCUUUAAAGGGUGCAAUAAAAAGCAGCAGCAGCAGCAGCAGCAGAGGAGGGGGCUGCAGACAGACAGUGACAAGGAGCUCCCCUCUGCAGAUAAAGACACUCUGCCUUAUACCAAAGACGCUGCUCCUCCUGCCUCCAAAGACUGUCUGGAUCAGACUUUGGAUGCGUCCUCCUGGAUCACCUCCACGCCGCUGCUCUCCCCGUCAGACGGCGUUCAGUUUCCCCCCGACGGAGACUCAUUCUGCGUCAAAUACUCCAGGGGCUCGGAGGACAGACUGAAGUCCGAUCAAAGCUCCUGAUGUCUUAAAUAAGAUGCUCAGACUCCAAUUUGCACGCUAGUUUUUAUAUAAAAAUCUAAUUUUAUUGAGAUUCUUUUAUAAGAGAGACACAUAGGUACUUUAUAUUUUGGAUGGUUUUUUUUAAUGAUGGAAGAACUGGAAUACUUCCUGUUCGCAAAUCCUGGAUCUGUCUUUUCAUUUCGAAGAUGCAUCUCAGUCGUUUUUAUAUUCCACAGCUGCCUUACCUUAGGAGAUGUUUUCCACCUGUAAGUGCAUAAAGAGGAGGAUCACCGCGGCCUUGAAUCAGUGUUUAUGCUCCAGAGAAAAGAGAGAUUUACUGUCUUUCUACAGUAACAUGUCGCAGUGCAGAUUCUCAAAGAGUUUUAUCUUUACAUAAAUCAGCAGGUCGAUGUCGUGGCUCUGUGCACCUGUCAGUGUUUUUGCUGGAUUUGCAAAUGUUUGUUUGCUCAUUGUUUUAGGAACUGUAUACAGCUGAUCUGUCCUGCUGUACAGUCCGCUGAAGAAUUAUGAGAGCUGUCAGCUUUAAAUAUGAUUAUGCAUCAAAAAAGCUUCUUAUACAGCAACAAUCUACCAGUUAUGAUGCUUGUUCUGACUCCUGUUAUAGGGGUGGCUCAUUAAAGGAAUAGUUUGACACUUUAGUAAAUACAUAUAUUUGCUUUUAUCACAGUAGAGCUGCAACAAUUAGUCAAAGAAAUUGCUGAAAAUAUUUGUUUUUCAUGCAGAAAAUGCUGCUCUUCAAGUUAUUCACUGAAAAAAAGGAUUUAAAGAUCUCCUUGGACUUUAAAAAGCUGGGAUGCACACUUUUCAAUAUUUCCUCACAUUUUACAUGCAGACCCUUAAUAUACAGAGUUAUUGGUAGAUUCAAUUAAAAUUAUAGUUGUAGAUUGACUUCAAAAUCUGUAAAAUCAGUAAUCUGUGCUUUUUUAUAUAAACUCUAUGCACCUGGCCCAGAAAUACUCCAGUUUACAACCUUUCUACAGAGCCAUGCUAGCAGUUACCAUUCAUUUCCAGUCUCUAUGCUAAGCUAAGCUAACCGUUUCUUGGCUGUAUCUUCACAGUUAUGCAUCUGCCCCAGAAAUAAAUAUGUACGUCCGUUUUUAUUCAGAGUAAACCAAAGAUAAACAAUAUUGAUUUGAUGUAACACUACUCCAUUUAUUUACAGCCUAUGGAGAGAGCCAGGCCAGCAGUUUCCCUUCAUUUCCAGUCUCUAUGCUACACUAAGCUAAGCUAAGCUAACCGUUUCUUAGCUGUAUCUUCACAUUUAUGCAUCUGCCCCAGAAAUAAAUAUGUAUGUCCGUUUUUAUUGGAGUAAACCAAAGAUAUGGCAUAUUGAUUAUGUAGGUUUUAGUUUAAUGCUACUCUGAUUAUGAAUAACCUUUGGACAGAGCCAUGCCAUCCGUUUCCCUUCAUUUCCAGGCUCUAUGCUGAGCUAACCUUCCCCUAGCUGUAGCUCCAUAUCUCACACAGAGAGGUGUCAAUCUCCUCAUCUCUAAAUUGUCAAACUAUCCCUCUGAGCACUGUAAUCACGUCUCAUAAAUGUAAUUUUACUUGAAGGUCAUUUUCUAACCGUUUAGUUGAAUCUGUUUCUCAGCUGGAAACCAAAAACCUCUGCGAUGUAAGAAGAAGGUCUUUCCUAAAUGUAAAAAGAAGCGGCUUUAAGAUUCAAAAUGUGCACUUUGAAAGGAUUAUUUUAGAGUUUUGCUCCUGCAGGUUGCAUGCUCCGUUACCUGUUUUAUUUCUUUCACUCUACUGGGAGUUAUAAAGCUGCACACAUUUCUACAGUUUAAUUGCAUUCAAAGCAGCAGCACCUUUACUAUGUUAUGAUUGUUUAAAUGUCAAUGCAGUAACCAAAGAUCCUUUAUAUUCCUGUAAUAACAGAGCAAUACGUUGUGCCUUAACACUGGAAAAGAGAUUACAGGUCAGCUGUUUGUGUGCAGAGGUGAGGAGCGUGAGGUGGAGAGGAUAUUUAUGAUGAACACGCGAUGUGGUUUCUCCCUUCGUCUGUUCUCUGGCAUGUUGUUCAUUCUGCCGGCCGAUCUGUUGUAAAGCUUCGGUCUGUUGUGGGGUUUAGCUUUUUGGCGUCGCACUUCGUGUGACAGGAUGAAAAUCGAGGGUUUUCACUGAUGAAUGUUUCUCAAUUAGCAAAUCUGAGCUCCAUUUGUUGGGUUUCAUUUGUAUUUUCAUUCCUAAAUCAAAUUAAAGGGGCCCUAUUCUGUUCAUUUUCAGUUGGAUCUCAGUAUUUAAUGUCUUACUGAUGUCAUUACGUUACAUAAGUAAACAAAGGAUUCCAAUAAAAGCAUUUCAGGCAGGGGGGCGAGAGUGUGGGAGAGAAGCAAAGGGAUGUUUGCCGUUGCUGAACAUUUACAUGCACACAAAAGUACAACAGGGCCUCUUUAAAUGUGUGUAUAUUGUAGAUGUUAAGAUAUCUGCUGUUCACUUCAGUGUCAUUCCAAAGUAUUACAACUAAUUGACCAAAAAAUCACUCAAAGUUCUUUAGCCUCAAAAGAAACACCUUUUUUUGUGUUUUAACGUGUAUUCGAGUUGGUGGAGAUGACUUGAGUGAACAAAAUAAUAAAGUAUUCAUCCUUUGCUGCCUGUUCAGGAAA